CAAACGGUGGCGAGUAAUAAGUGAAAGAGAAGAAUGUUUCUAUCUCUGCCAACCUUGACUGUUCUUAUUCCGCUAAUCUCCUUAGCAGGACUGUUCUACUCUGCCUCUGUGGAAGAAAACUUCCCGCAGGGCUGCACCAGCACAGCCAGCCUUUGCUUUUACAGUCUGCUCUUGCCAAUUACCAUACCAGUGUAUGUGUUCUUCCACCUUUGGACUUGGAUGGGCAUUAAACUCUUCAGGCAUAACUAGUACAGCCACAGUCAAGAUGAUGGAGGUAUUAAUGAUAGGUCUUAGGUGUCUAGCUCUAAAAACUCAAUUAGCUGGAAAUACUCCAGACUCACUGGUUUGGUUUUGGGAGGCUUAAGCUGCAGAAGCUUCUUUGAUUAUACUUUUGUUCUCUCGUUUUUUGGAAGAUUCUGAGAUAACUGUUAUCAGAAGAAAUGGUUCAACAAAAUGUCCUGGUGGAGAUUAACAGUCCUAGUCAUCAUCUAAGGACUAUUUCUUGUCCCAGUCAUAUAAAAGUUACUUGGCAUUUUGUUUGUUUAGCUCCAUGGUCAGUAGUAAAGCCACAUGUUAGGCUGAUUCAAAUGAUGCCCAAGGAGCUACAUUAGAGUAGAUGUAGAGAAAUGCCUUAGAACUAGUAUGAGAUAAAAUGAUAAAUUGGAAACUGGAAAUUUCAUGUACUUAAAUUCUGAGUUUGUAAAAAAAAUUUUUUUGGCAUCAAAUGCUUACAUUAAUAAAAUUUAAGAUGUUGACAGUUUCCCUUAAAAAGCUCAAUUUACAAGGUUUUUAUUUGUUUUGUCUCAGAGUAUGAUACUAAGGGAGGGAAAAUGUGAACGUGUGUAUUAUGUUUGCACAGGCACUGAAUACCCAAAACAGGAUCACUUCCGGGAAAGUGGGUACUUGGGGUUGGUAAGGAUAGGGAUGGAAGCUGAUUGUGUUCUGUUCAGGUUAGAGCCAUGUGUUGAGGUACACUUAGUUUUUUCCUGUCUUAGAAGAUCUGUUUAGCAGUAAGGGCUUGAGCCCUGAUUUUUAGAACUUUAACAGGACUGUUUGAACAUGGUACAAUGACUACUUUGGAGGCAUACCAUGAAUGUUUUAAAAGUUACCCUGAAGAAACCUUAGAAUUGAACAUGUUUAUUUUUCCUGUGUUGGGGAUCCAGUCCAGGGCUUUAUGCCUGCUAGGCAAGGGAUCCACCUCAAGAUCCUUCUUCCUUAGCCUCUCCUGCUGGGUGGGAUUACAUGCCUGUGUCAAUAUGCCCAGACCUUAAUUGGCUCUUAAUUAGCAUCUUAACAGUAGUUUAAUAGAUUUAGACAGUGAUUCUUAACCAUCAAGAGAAAAUUUAAACAUUAUGUAUGUUUUCCUUUGCAUUAACUCAGUGUAUAAAUCACAUUCUUAAAUGUGAUGGCAGUAUAUGAACGGGAUGACUAUAGAGGUUCUCAGUCAUUUCCUGCAGGAGUGUUGUUUUAACUCAGUCUCAUAUUUGACCUGCUGAGAGUGGAGAAUAUGAAUGAACUGGUUUGCUAAGCACUGUAUUCUGAGAAACCAUUCUCAACUUUGGAAGUUAAGCAUUUUAGGAAGCUGACAAUAUACUUCUGGGGAAAUUCAGUAUUUUAACUCCAUUCUUUCACUAAUAGAAUCUACUUAGCAACCAUACAUACCAACUACGCCAGGGUCAGUUCUAAGCAUAGUGUAGUCUAAUCUUAGAACUUAAAAGGGGUAGGUCCUGUCAGCACCAUUUUGCAGAUGAGGAGGCUGACUUACCCAAGACACCAGCUACUAGUUGAACUGAAAUUCAACUAGGAAACUGCUUUUCAGUCUUCUCUUCACCACUGUGUAUUGUGUCUCCUCGUUUUGAGCAAACUCUUAUUUACAAGAAAAAUAAGAUUAGGAACCAAAAUACUAAUUCUUACUCAAUAUGGACUAGGAACAUAUAAAUACCAUAUUCUUCAGUUAGAUAGGAGAAACAAGUUCUAAUAUGCUACAACAUAGUAGGGUGACUGAAGUUCAUGACAAUUUAUUUUAUAUUUUAUAAAGAACUGGGAGAGGAGUCUGGAGCUCCCCAACACAAGUGUUUAAGGAGAGGGAAAUGUUAAUUGUCCUGGUUGUGUCGUCACAGAUUGUUUAUGUGUAUAGAAUUAUACUGUACCCCAUAAAUGUGUAAAGUUAUGUAUCAAUUAAAACACUGCAUGCUUUGCUCCAGUACUUUACUCUGUGC